AUGGCAUCGCAAGAAGCCCCCAAGACCUGCAAGGUCAUCACAGCCGACACCAUCGCCAAAGGUCUGCUGGACGAGGUGCGGGACACCCUAGCCAAGAUCCAAGAGAAGGGCAGUGGGCAACCCACCCUGGCCGCCUUCCUGGCCAACGGUGAUCCCUUUGCUGAGAAAUACGCCGAGUGGUCCAAGAAGACGUGUGAAGAGAAUGGCUUCAAGUUCGACCUUCGCUCGGUGCAAAAGGACAGCCUGGAGGAGGAGAUUAUCAGGGCCAACGAGGAGGAAGAUGUCGACGGUAUCAUCGUGUACUACCCCAUAUUCCCGCAGAACCCGAGCCACGACAAGUAUGUGCAAGAGACGGUAGACCUGAGCAAGGACGUCGAGGGUAUGCGUCACAAGCACCUGUACAACAUGUACCACAACGUCCGAUUCCUCGACCCGCCCGAGAACCGCAAGAAGUCAAUCCUGCCCUGCACACCCCUCGCCGUCGUCAAGAUCCUCGAGUACCUGCAGAUCUAUAACCCCAUCCUGGCGGUAGGUAACCGCCUCUUCGGCAAGACCAUCACCGUCAUCAAUCGUUCCGAGGUCAACGGGCGUCCGCUGGCGGCCCUCUUGGCCAACGACGGAGCCACGGUGUACUCGGUCGACAUUACAGGUGUGCAGCUCUUCACCCGCGGUCAGGGUAUCAAGCAGCCACGCCACCAGGUCGAGGACAAGGAGGGCUGGGGUCUCGAGCAGUGCCUGCCCGCCAGCGACGUCAUCAUCUCGGGCGUGCCGUCCGACACGUACAAGGUGCCGACGCACCUCAUCCGCGAGGGCGCCACCUGCAUCAACUUCUCGUCGCACAGGAACUUUGACGGCCCUGCCAUCAAGGAGAAGGCAUCGCUAUACGUGCCGUCGGUCGGCAAGGUGACGAUUGCCGUCCUCCUCCGCAACCUCGUGCGUUUGAUUGCCAACCGUCCGGCCAGGGACGUUUCGGAAACGGGCGACAUUUCGCAAGCCAGGAACGAGGCCUUUGCCGAUGAUUGA